AUCCCGUUCAAUUCAUAGAUGCCCCCAACUGCUAAACUGCAACUUCCUCCUUUUCACUCUCCUAGAAAGUUAACCUUUUUCACACACACUCAAAUACACCCGCAUUAACACACUCUGAGAAAUAAAUACUCAAAUGGGUUUUGCAGGAAUUCGAUGAAAGGAGCUGAAAGCCAGCUCUCAAGUGUUGAUUUUUAAUGCAGAGAAAAAAGAAAAAAGAAAAAAAGGGAAAACAAAAACAAAAACCCAUCAGUUGUUUUCAGUUGAGCUGUUUUUCCUGCAUGUUCUAGAUAAGUGGUAUUCCGAUUACUGGUUUGGAGGCAAACCCAUAUGGCAAAGCUAAGAUAAGGUGCAAAACAAGCGAUAUGGGGUGUGUUCUUGGGACGAGGGCUGCCGGAGAAACUGGGACAGCUACUCGCCGGAGAGGAGGAAAUGGACGCCGGAGAAGAAUUGGUCAACGGAGACCGGGUACUGAGGUGGUUGGAGUUCAAAAACAGGGCGAAGGAAAGGAGAGGACUGCAGAAUUUCCGGCGCGGGAGCCUGACCGAAGGAAGCAAACGGCGGCGAUACUGGAGUAUUCUCUGAGGAAUAUCACUGCUACUAAUCAGCAAGGAUGGCCGACUUGGCUAGUUGCUGUCGCCGGAGAUGCUAUUAAGGAUUGGACACCUCGCCGUGCCAAUACUUUCGAGAAACUCGAUAAGAUUGGGCAAGGUACUUACAGCAAUGUAUACAAAGCAAAGGACUUGAUAACAGGGAAGAUAGUGGCAUUAAAGAAGGUCAGGUUUGAUAACUUGGAGCCGGAGAGUUUGAAGUUCAUGGCAAGAGAAAUUCUUGUGUUGAGUAAGUUGGAUCAUCCCAAUGUCAUAAAGCUUGAAGGGCUGGUCACUUCAAGAAUGUCAUCUAGUCUUUACUUAGUUUUUGAGUACAUGGAGCAUGAUCUUGCUGGGCUUUCGGCGGGCCAAGAGAUCAAGUUCACUGAGCCCCAGGUGAAGUGCUAUAUGCAUCAGCUGCUUUCUGGCCUUGAACAUUGCCACAAUAAUGGUGUGCUACACCGAGAUAUCAAAUGCUCCAAUUUACUCAUUGACAAUGAAGGAAAUUUAAAAAUUGCUGAUUUUGGCUUAGCUUCUUUUUAUGAUCCUGAACAGAAGCAACCCAUGACUAGUCGUGUUGUGACCCUCUGGUACCGGCCACCAGAACUUCUCCUUGGGGCCACUUCUUAUGGUAUCGGAGUUGAUCUGUGGAGUGCUGGCUGCAUUUUAGCUGAAUUACUUGCUGGGAAGCCAAUAAUGCCAGGAAGAACAGAGGUUGAGCAACUCCACAAGAUAUUCAAGUUGUGUGGUUCUCCGUCGGAGGAGUAUUGGAAGAAAUCCAGGUUGCCAAAUGCUACUCUUUUUAAACCACAGCAACCUUAUAAGCGCUGCAUAUCAGAAACCUUCAAGGAUUUUCCACCCUCUUCUCUCCCCUUGAUUGAAACUCUUCUUGCUAUCGACCCCAAAGAUCGAGGCACUGCUACAGCUGCUUUAAAUAGUAAUUUCUUUACUACUGAACCUUUUGCCUGCAACCCAUUAAGCUUGCCAAAGUAUCCUCCGAGCAAGGAAAUUGACCUCAAAUUGAGAGAUGAAGAAGCCAGGAGGCAAAGAGGUUUAAGUGGGAAACCACAUGCUGUAGAUGGUGCGAGAAGAGUGAGAGCUCGUGACCGGAUUAGUCGAGCUGUUCCAGCUCCAGAAGCUAAUGCAGAGAAUCAAGCAAAUUUAGAUAGGUGGAGAAUGAUGACAGAAGCAAAUGCUAAGAGCAAAAGCGAAAAAUUUCCACCUCCUCAUCAGGAUGCGGCAGUAGGAUACCCUCUCGAUAACUCCAAUAAUGGCCCUUUAUCGUUUAAUGUGGCUGACAAUUCUUUUAAUUCAUCAAUUUUUGAUCCAAAGUCAUCUCGAUCUCUUAAGAAUACUGCAGCAACUGGUGGACCGUCCAGGAGGAGAAUUAAGAAAGAAGAACCUCAGAUGGUGCCUUCUCGAGGAAUUUUUAAUGCCUUCCUUCCAUCUACAGUUAGGUUAUCAAUGGAUCUAAGGCUCAAGAAGGAAUCAGCUUCAGAGAUUUUUGGUCGCCAAAAGUAGAGUAUGCAUAAGAAAUAAAAAGGUUUUGUGGAUCAAAGUGUUUUUCCUGGCAUUUAAUUUUAUUUUUUUUUCGCUCUUCAUUUUUUUUAUCCAUUUUUUGAGCCUUGCAAUAUUGGAGGCGCUUUUGUAAAUUCUCAAAAGGAACAUCUAAGAAAUUAUGAGUAAAAUUUUCUAUUGAAUUCCCCUCGUUUUUGUACAGUUAA